AUGCAAAAGUUCUCUCUGUUUUUCAUUUCUCUGAUCAUCAUUUUGGGAAUAAGCUACAUUGAUGCUUUCACCAGACAUGAUUUUCCUGAGGAUUUCCUCUUCGGAGCUGCCACUUCUGCUUAUCAGUGGGAAGGAGCUGUUGACGAAGAUGGAAGGACUCCUAGCGUCUGGGAUACUUUCACCCACUCUGAUGACAAAGGCAAUGGAGAUAUAGCAUGUGAUGGUUAUCACAAAUACAAGGAAGAUGUUAAGCUGAUUGCAGAGAUGGGUUUAGAAGCAUUCAGAUUCUCUAUCUCAUGGACAAGGCUCAUACCUAAUGGAAGAGGACCCAUUAACCCCAAAGGUUUAAGAUUUUAUAAAAACCUCAUCAAAGAACUACGGAGCCAUGGAAUCGAACCACACGUUACACUUCACCACUAUGAUUUUCCUCAGUCGCUUGAAGAUGAGUACGGAGGAUGGAUCAACCGCAAAAUCAUAGAAGACUUCACUGCAUUUGCAGAUGUAUGCUUCAGAGAGUUUGGGGAUGAUGUGAAGUUUUGGACUACAAUCGAUGAAGCUAACGUAUUCGCCAUUGGUGGUUAUAGCCAAGGAAUUGUGGGGCCUGGACAUUGUACUUCUACCAAAUCCGUCAAAUGCUCCACUGGAAAUUCAUCUACUGAACCAUAUAUUGUAGGCCAUAACUUAUUGCUAGCUCAUGCCUCUGCUUCCAAACUGUACAGACUAAAGUACAAGACUAAGCAGAGAGGAUCCGUAGGCCUUAGCAUAUUUUCACACGGUUUAACUCCUUAUACGAACUCCAAGGACGAUGAAAUCGCAACUGAGAGAGCUAAAGAUUUCUUCUGUGGCUGGAUGUUGAAGCCUUUGGUGUCUGGGGACUAUCCGGAAGUAAUGAAGAGAAACGUGGGAUUGAGGUUACCAGUUUUCACAGAGCAAGAGUCAGAGCAAGUCAAAGGAUCAUCCGACUUUGUAGGUAUAAUCCACUACACGACAGUAUAUGUCACAAACAGUAAACCAACACCUUCUCUCCUUCCCAACGACAGUAACUUCUUCACAGACACGGGCUUCGAGAUUAUAUUCACUGGGAAUGCUUCGGUCUCUUCGUGGAAGUCUGUUCCAUGGGGUUUUGAAAGUGUGUUGGAGUAUGUGAAACAGAGCUAUAACAAUCCUCCCAUCUACGUUCUUGAAAACGGUCUUCCGUUGGAACACGAUACGACGCUGCAAGACUCAGAAAGAGUUGAAUACAUUCAAGACUACAUUGGUGCUAUGCUCAACGCCAUCAAGAAUGGAUCGGACACAAGAGGUUACUUUGUAUGGUCUGUGAUUGAUUUGUUCGAGUUGUUAGCUGGAUACGAGACCAGCUUUGGACUGUACUUUGUGAAUUUCAGCGACCCUGGUCUCAAGAGAUCUCCAAAGCUCUCUGCCUCUUGGUACACUGGUUUUCUCAAUGGUACCAUUGAUGUUGUUCCUCAAGAUAUUCUUCAGCUGGAGAGCAACUUCUCUGCUUCUUCCUCUUUAUAA